AAUCCUUUAUUUUUACUUCAUUCAUUCUCAGAAAUCUUGACCAUGAAGGAGGAUCGUCGUCUUCCUCACAAACGUGAUGGCUUCCAAGUCUUGAAAACCAAGACUGCUUACGUUAUCUUCAUAGUUCUAACCUACGCCUUCGGUUACUUCUCUGCCUACUACUCUCGUCAACCGCUGCAGCAGCAGCAGCCACCGUCUCCGGCGGCGGUGAGAGAUGUGAAGACGACAAAACCUCAAGUUUGUUCAAUCGACAACUUCCGAGUAACGACUCGAUGCGGCAAUCUUGUUCCGCCGGAAUCGAUUCGCCAAACGGUUAUCGACCGGAUCUUUAACGGAACUUCACCGUACACCGAUUUCCCACCACCACACGCCGAGAAGUUUCUCCGGCCAAAAAGAAUCAAAGGCUGGGGAUCGUACGGCGCCGUUUUCGAGAAUAUAAUCCGCCGAGUCAAACCUAAGACGAUCGUCGAAAUCGGGAGUUUCCUCGGCGCGUCGGCGAUACACAUGGCGAAUCUCACGCGCCGCCUUGGGCUAGAGGAGACUCAGAUUCUCUGCGUCGACGAUUUCCGUGGCUGGCCUGGUUUUCGAGACCGGUUUAAGGACAUGGCUUUGGUUAACGGUGACGUUUUGCUUAUGUACCAGUUUAUGCAAAACGUGGUUAACUCGAAUUUUUCCGGUUCGAUUUUGCCGGUUCCAUUCUCGACCGGUUCCGCUUUGGAGAAGCUGUGUGAGUGGGGAGUGACGGCGGAUCUGGUGGAGAUAGACGCGGGUCAUGAUUUCAAUUCGGCUUGGGCGGAUAUAAACCGGUCGGUUCGGAUACUCCGACCCGGCGGAGUUAUAUUCGGUCACGACUAUUUCACAGCGGCGGAUAAUAGAGGAGUGAGGAGAGCCGUGAAUCUAUUCGCAGAGAUUAACCGGUUAAAAGUCAAAACCGAUGGUCAACAUUGGGUUAUUGAUUCCGUCAAGUAACCUGAUUCCCUUUUUCCAUAAGGGAUGAAAAAAUUAGAUGUCUAAUAAGAAAAUGUGUAAUACUUG